AUGCUGCGUACACGUGUGAAGACCACCGGCAUCGUGGAAACUCACUUCACCUUUAAAGAUCUCUACUUCAAGAUGUUUGAUGUCGGGGGUCAGCGGUCAGAGAGGAAGAAGUGGAUCCAUUGUUUUGAGGGAGUCACAAGUAUCAUUUUCUGUGUAGCACUCAGCGACUACGACCUCGUCUUGGCUGAGGAUGAAGAGAUGAACCGGAUGCACGAGAGCAUGAAGCUUUUCGACUCCAUCUGCAACAACAAGUGGUUCACGCUCACCUCCAUCAUCCUCUUCCUCAACAAGAAGGAUUUGUUUGAAGAGAAGAUCAACAGGAGUCCACUUACUAUCUGCUACCCCGAGUACUCUGGUGGGAAUUCAUACGAAGAGGCUGCAGCUUAUAUCCAGUGCCAGUUUGAAGACUUAAAUAAACGAAAGGACACCAAAGAGAUCUACACCCACUUCACUUGUGCCACAGACACCAAGAAUGUGCAGUUUGUGUUUGAUGCCGUCACCGAUGUCAUCAUCAAGAUCAACCUGAGGGAGAUUGGGCUCUACUAAAUUUUCAGGCCAUUCAGGUGUCUAGAGGAAAAUCAGGACUUUCUGGGCUGGUAUGUCUUGUCUGCAGAGGGCAAAUUGGAAAGUAUGUGUUACUAAGGACUGAGCUGGUGGCCAUGCUGCAUGCAGGACUUAAAUUCCACAAUUCGGGGACUUGAUACUAUGAUCACUUUUGUCUUAACAGAUUUAACGAUGCAGAGCAUACUAGGAGGAACUGAUAAGUGGGAGGGGGGCUUCUGAAAUGAUCACUGUGAGUUCUGUGGAGUCCUGUCAUAUUCAAGACCUUUACAUCAGUCAGGGGCUGGCAGGUAAAGCCCCUCUGAUGUCUCUGACGCAUUUAUAGUUUGCCAUAUGCACAAGGACCAAAACAAAUCAAAUCUAUUACUGCAUUUCACAGUUUCACAGCUGACAUGUAAAUUCUGUUCACUUUCUUUGUGUUGUAUUUCCUCUUAGCUUAAGUAUGUAUCACAUUGCUUUUAUUAAAUGUUUGAAUUUUGUUAUAUUUUAUUUUAAUUUUGAGUUGCAGUUAUAUAGUAUUUCCACUUUUGGAUGUGUGAAUGCGAUAACUUAUGUAGAGAAGCAUUUUGCGUGAGCAGUUUUAAUGUAUAUAAGUUAACCUUUUGGGUCUGGGAUUAGUUGGAAAGAGUUUAAUGAGCUCAGUAGCAACAGCUACUAUAUACAGAGCACAGCUGUCUAUAUAAUAAUUUUAACUAUUAACUAGACAACAAUGUAUUGAAUGAUAUUUUUAUACAUGAGACAUCACUGCAAAUGAGUUUGUAAGGGAGCUUUUGGGUUCCCUGUGUUUUCCAUUGGAGUUUAAAUAUGACUAAUAUUAUUCACUCAGUGGAGGCCAAUAUAGAAUAUCCUGUUUUUCAAGGUAUUUUUUUAAUCCUAUGGAUAUCAGUGAAGAUAUUUAAACACAUUGAACAUAAAAAGUGGAAUAGUUAAGUCAAAGGCUGUGCUUGUGUUUUUUGGCCGAAGCUGUCACAUAAUACUGAGGAAGUCUGUUGCUGUUAUACAGUACACUGAAGUGGAACACAGUUUGGGUUAGAUCAGAAAUUUCCUUGUAGAAAGCAUUAACAGUUUUCAUGUGUAGAUCUCUUCACAUUUUUGCAGCUGUACUGGUUCAUUUUAAUAUCAAUAAAUGAUGGCACAAA